CGCCGCCGCUCUCAUCUCGCUGAGUUCAGCCGCGAACCUCAACUCCGACCGCUGCAAACCCGCGACGACGGCGAUCUGCCGAGCGCGAGUGCGCCUGCCCUCCCGUCCGCCGGUUCGCCAGGCACGCGCUCUCUGACCAGCAGCAGCAUCACCACCACCACCACCACCACCACCACCACCACCACCACCACCAGCACCAGCACCACCACAAUCACCACCACCACCACCACAAUCACCACCACCACCAGCACCGCGCCGCGCGCCUGGCCAGCCAACAUGACGUCCACCAUGGAACCGACGGACACAAUCCCGACGGAGCACCUGCAGCGCAUCCUUCAGGAGGUCACCGAGAAGAAGGGCAUCAAGGAACCGAGGUACACGGUGUCCGUCGGCAGCAAGCCGGGCGACAACUACCUGGGCCUGCUGUACCGCGUCGAGGUGAGGGAGGGCGAGGCCGCCGAGCCCACGCUGCGGCUCAUCGCCAAGCUCAUGCCCAGGAGCGAGCGACGCCGGAGGGAGACGCGCAUGGUCGUCUUCUUCGACAACGAGUGCAACGUGUACCACACCGUCCUGCCGGGCCUGAACCGCUUCGUCGGCGAGGUGCGCGGCGCGGACGUGGACGCCCGCGACUCGUCGUUCCCGUACACGGCGCCGUUGCACCACGCGCACCAGGGCGGCGUCGAGGGCGAGGACACCAUCGUGCUCGAGGACAUGAGGCCGCUCGGCUUCACGCUGCAGGACCGGAAGGCGGGGCUCGACGAGCACCACGUCCGCGCGGUGCUGCGCGCGCUCGCCCACCUCCACGCCGCGUCCAUCGCCAUGCAGGACCAGCGGCCCGACGAGUUCGCCAAGCUGCGCGGCCACGUCAGGGAGACGCUGUUCUGCGCGAGCAACCCCUGCGCGUCGUACCUCGAAGAGAUGGUGCAGCGUACCUAUGGUUACAUCAAAGAAAGGUUCCCGGAGGGAAGCGCGGGCUACAUCAAGAUGAAGAGUCUACUGGAAGGGUACAUUGGAGUGAUGGCUGAGCUGACCGCCGAAAGCAAAGACGGCGGUAACGCCAUACUCCAUGGCGACACGUGGACCAACAACGUGCUCUUCAAGCACAGCGAGGCGGGUUCUGUAGAGGAGGUGUGUCUGCUGGACUUCCAGCUUGCCCGAUUCGGGCCGCCCGUCUUGGACAUCGCGUACCUGGUUUACUGCUGCACAGUCCGCGAGUUCCGCGACAAACACCUCGACAAGCUCCUCGGGGAAUACCACGACCAGCUGUCCGCCAACCUGCGGCGGCUAGGCAGCGACCCGGACAAGGUGUACUCUCGGGAGACCAUGCAAGCGCAGCUGCGCGAGCGCAUGCGCUUUGGCCUGGGCAUGGCCGUGAUGACCGUGCCCCUGUUCUUGGCCGACCCGGACGAGAUCCCCGACAUGGACGAGCAGUUCGAAAAGGGGGCGGACAUGAAAGAAAUGCUGAAGGUGGAGACCAAGAGUGCGCCCGAGAGGAACAAACGCAUCAGCGACGUGUUGGAGGAGAUGAUGGAACGUGGCUGGAUAUGACGGGCGACAACAGCAGCAAUAGUGUCAGGCGAGCCGAGAUAGGAGCUAGCGAAGAGACGCUACGUAAGUUACCACUCACACGAUUGCAAUCACCAAAAAGUCUCAGAAGUUAAUCCAUCCGCCCAAAAAGUGGGUUGGCAGCAGCAACAACAACAACAGGGUAAAUUUCUACUUUAAACCACCUCACCUAUGAUACAAAUGAAAUUCAAAGGUGAUAUUUUUAAAUAGUAUUAUUAUUGAAUAAACUGAUUGAAAAAUGA